GUUCACUGGAGAAAAUAAAAAGGUACUGAGCAUUUCAGCUCACCGAUCUAACAGAGAAGCACUGCCUGUCAGUCAUAAUACCAGCGAUCAUAGUCGGAUAAGAAGUGGAGCAUUAUUUGAUAUGGCAAGGACUGGCAAUUGACUGGCAUUGUGUGAAUCAUGGCAUCUUUUUUUCUGCCACCACAGAUAUUAAACAUGCUGAUCUGUAAACAGCACGGACUUCAGUAUCAGCAACAUCAUAACGUCAUUCUUGUGAGGGCUUGACUUUGUUACAGGAAGGAGCUGGAGCCCAGCCGAGCUCUGUUCCUGGCACCCAGGCAAACACACAGCUCCAGCUCUGGGAGGCAGAGCUGGGAAAGCAGGGCUGCUGCCUGCCAGCAAUGGUUAUUGAUUGGGGCUUCCCUGCACUCCUGGUAUUCCUGCAGAAGCUGUUAGGACUGGUGUGGCCUUUCUUGCUAACAAUUAUAAGCAGAUCCACGGCAAUGCAAGCACAUAACCCUGCCCCAGCACCUGGAUUUCCAAAUAUAAGCUAUGCUCCAGGAAAUCAAGUCCCUUACGGCUACCCGCAGCAUGCACCUGGGAGUUACCAAGGUGUUGCAGGUGCAGAGAGCUAUGGCUUCCAGGUUCCAGCCAUGGGAGUCCCACCUGGACUUGCUGUUCCACCCAUCCAGAACCAACCCUUUGUGAAGGAGGGGACAAUCUGGAUGCCUGUCCCACCUCCUCUCCCCAACUGCCCUCCUGGACUGGAAUACCUCACACAGAUUGACCAGAUAUUAAUUCAUCAGCAAAUUGAACUUCUUGAGAUUUUGACUGGCUUUGAAACAAACAACAAAUACGAAAUCAAGAAUACUCUGGGGCAAAGGGUGUACUUUGCAGCAGAGGACACUGACUGCUGUACCAGGAAUUGCUGUGGGCCAUCACGACCCUUCACCCUCCGGAUCAUAGACAACCUGGGCCACGAGGUGAUAACACUGCAGAGACCCCUCCGAUGUUCUUCGUGCUGCUUUCCCUGCUGCUUACAGGAGCUGGAAGUUCAGGCACCUCCAGGAACACCGGUUGGUUAUGUCGUCCAGAACUGGCAUCCCUGCCUGCCAAAAUUUACCAUUCAAAAUGAGAAAAAAAUGGAUAUACUGAAAAUCAUUGGCCCAUGUGUUGUCUGCAGCUGUUGUGAGGACAUUAAUUUUGAGGUGAAGUCUGUGGAUGAGACUGCUACUGUUGGGAGGAUUUCUAAGCAGUGGACUGGCUUUGUGAGAGAAGCCUUUACAGAUGCAGAUAACUUUGGAAUCACAUUCCCAAUGGACCUUGAUGUAAAAAUGAAAGCUGUCAUGAUUGGUGCUUGCUUCCUUAUUGACUUCAUGUUUUUCGAGCAUGCUGGUGAUAAGAAACAGCGAGCAGGAGUUUGGCAAUGAAAUCUAGAACUUCUGUGUAGAAGGAAGAAGAACAUAUAUCUCCCAGUUUUCCAGUGAAUUGCAGAGCUCCUGUAAGAAUGUGAGAAAUGUACAUCUUGUGCGUGUAGUUAUAUUUCUAUAAACUAAAAGCUUUAUGGUCUUUUUGUUUUUUAAACUGACGAAAUAAUUUGUUAUAUUCAAAUAACCCAUUGUACAGAUCAAUAUUGUGAUUUAUACAAAUAUAUAUAUCAACAAUUUUUUGCAAGAAAUUUACAACUCUGAAAUAACUAAUUACAGUUACUUUAAUUCCUAAAGAAGAAGACUAUUUCUAUAGACUGUUUCUAUAUUCAAUGUUAAUAUAAGCAGUGAGCCUAAUAAAGAAAUCCAGAUCUUUUCCUGUGUAUCCUU